AUGUCGAAACAGAAGAGGAACGGUAUCCUAGGUGGGCCAACUGUAUCUGCUUGGAGGUGUAACUUGGCGGCCCUCUCGCAACGUCGAAAUUUACUUUUUACGGCUCACGUCGAAGACAUUUACGUAUGGAUCCCCCGCGGACCUCACCAGCUCCUUGGCUCCCGACCUGAGAUGAUCAUUCACCCUGUGAUGAAGCAACCAAAUGCGCCUGGAUACAUCGAUCCUUCUAGGCCCCAUACAAUCAACCAUAUCCUUGUGGAUGAUUUGGGAGUCGAUGAGGUUUUGCUGUUAGCGACAGACUCUGGCAACGUCACCGGCUACAAUGUUGAGGCUAUUUUCUCGGCAAUUAAUAGGAGCGCGCAAUAUGGAGGCGCGCGACCAUUUGAUGCACAUGAAGUAAAACCUUUCUUCGCUGAGAAUGUUCACUUGAGUGCCUGGGGCUUGGCCACCCACAAAUUUGCUCGGUUGAUUGCUGUGAGUGCGAACACGGGUGUCAUCACAGUCUUUGCCUUCGCAUUGGUGGAUUCUGUGUCGGAGCAUGACGGUAGCAGUCCCGGUUCCCCUGAUACCUCAAGCAUGGGAGGCUGUGAUGUAUUGGAAAACACAUGGGUAUCAAUCGACAGUGCACUGUCAAUGGAGGAGCUGAAAAAGGACAUACCCAAUCAUCGAAAACGCAAUCUGCGGCUCACCUAUAAGGGUCAUUUUGACAACAUCCCAUGCGUGUCAUUUGCCAACUUUGAGCUGGACCCCAAUGCUCUGUGGAUGGUCAGCACCGAUAUCCUCAACCGAGUCUUUGUAUGGAGAGUCUGGGACAGCUUAACUCCGGUCAAAUCGACUAGUUAUGAUUGUGCAAGGGGUGGCCGAGAGCAAAGGGGCUGGUUUGUCUUGCCUCUACACCCUCGCAGGGUUCAGCAGCACCACUUCAAAUCUGAUGCCUGUGGAUGCGAACCAAAACCAAAGAUGAUAAAUGGUCGGAUGGUCUUUGAUGUGACGGAAGCGGCUGAUCAUGUCGAAGCUAGAUCCGACCUCGUUUCUCAGCAAGUCACUGCUGAGGAAUAUGUAACAAUUUCGAGCUUUACUCUACCAGACGAUAUCUUCCCCUUGACGGUUCUGUUCAUACUGGAUCCCAAUCGCAACCAUCGAGCUCAGAGCAUGGUCAUACUACUUCAGAAGCCUCCCAAACUGCUUCUCAUCCCGCCGCCAGUAACCCCAUCCGUAUCAGCACUGACGUAUCCUACUAUGAUAUGGCUCCAUCUCGUCAAUCGAUUCGCAGACUUUGUUCCUUUAAGAGACUUUGUUCUCCAUCCGCGCAAUCCUCGGUUUUUCCCUAUUCUCCACUUUUCUGGAAACAACAUCACUUUGGAUCCUUAUCCAUUGGACGAUGAACUACGGACACUCUCUCGGUCCCCGCUUGAAUCCCUGUUGGAAAAUUCUAUGUUCACUUCCUGUGAUCGCUUAAACUUGGUCCAGUAUCUCCCUGAACUUGGGAUUGUUGUUGCCGCCUCCCAGGCCGGUGGGGUUGCCAUCAUCACUCUUACAUGGCAGGAGGAAAUUGGCCACACCUUUCGCCUAGACUGGCUUCUCCCUUUCCCCACCCAGGAGAGGGACGACGAAUGUCCAACGCCACCUCUUAUGGGUAUUGCUGCAAGCCCCAUGCCUGGAUUUGAGAUGCCGCCGGAUGUCCCUUGCAUUCCUCGGGAUGUCAAUCCCAAAGAUCGGUUGCGGUUCAACCACCGUCUGCUCAACCCAGACAAAGAUGAGCCUUCUGCCGCAACCCCGCCUGAAUGCCGGGCUUCCAGUCCCUCUGACCCAGAUGUUAGCCCUGGAUCUGAUUACCCAAACCUCACCAUUCCGGAAACCCACGCCUAUGCCUCGGACAUCUACCAACCUCAUGAGACUUGGCAUGGCUACCACCCUUCUCGGCAUUACAGGCUGCUUUUGCUAUUCUGUGAUCUCACGGUCAUGAGUUAUGAGUUCUGGCACGACUGGAGAGGUUGA